GUCCCUCCCUGUUCCCCGCAGAGCCACCUCCUUUCUUUCCCUGCGGUCUCCUAGGGCCCUCGCUCCGGUAACAGACACACCCUAAAUCUGGACCACACCUCCUGGUAGCAGUCUAUAGAAAAGGACAAGGAAAAAGGAAGCUUUUGCUUCUUUGCCUGCACGCUUCUGAACAGACAAAUGCGUGUCACGAAAUAGAUGCCCUGCAGCUGUCUCCCGGGAACCUUAGAAGUCUUCUGUGAAAACAACACUGCCCUCUGGAGGCAAGGCGGACCUUGUCCCCGCGGUCGAAAUAGACCACCCUCUCCAGGAUCAGCAGACUACGCCUGGAAACACGAACUGGUAUAAACAGCUAAAGACCCACGUGAGACCCAAAGGAUGGACUUUAACAUGGGUACUGGAGCAGCAGCUUAUGCUGAAAGACCAGGUAUGAUCGCCUCACUCUCACUCUUAUUUAAGAAAGGCUUUGCUCAUCUCUUCCCUCAGUACAGAAGAGGGCACACGGAAGGAGACUGCCUCCCCCUCGGGGGCCCAGCCAACGAUUCUUUCAGUAGAUGGCUAAUUCCUGUUAAACACAAUGUCUUCGAAAUUUUAAAAAGCAAUGAGAGUCAGCUAUGUGAAGUCCUCCAGAAUAAGUUUGGGUGUAGCUCUACCCUGAGCUGUCCAGUUCCAGCAGGAAACAGCGCUCCUGCUCAACAGGUCUUCAGAAGGAGGCUGAUCCCCGGGAUAGAGCUAUCUGUCUGGAAGGAUGACCUCACCAGACACGCUGUUGAUGCUGUGGUGAACGCAGCCAAUGAAGAGCUUUCACAUGGAAGUGGCCUGGCCGGGAGCCUGGUGAGAGCUGGUGGUUUGGAAAUCCAAAAAGAGAGCAGACGCCUUGUUGACACCUAUGGUAAAGUUCCAACCGGUAAAAUAGCUGUCACUAAAGCAGGAACGCUUCCUUGCCAUCAGAUUAUCCAUGCCGUUGGACCUCGGUGGACAUCAUGGAAUGACAAGACGACAGCUGUUGGGUUGCUGAGACUUGCCAUUAAAAGCAUUCUAGACUAUGUCUGCAUAGAAAACAUGUACAUUAAGACAGUAGCAAUUCCAGCCCUGAGCUCCGGAAUUUUCCAGUUUCCUCUUAACUUGUGCACACAAACAAUUUUAGAAACUAUCCAGUUAUAUCUCCAAAAGAAGCAACCGAUCAGUGAUUUGAAAGAGAUUCAUCUGGUUAGCAAUGAGGACCGCACUGUUGCUUCCUUUAAAGAUGCAGCAGAACGCAUCCUGGGGAAGGAUGAGCUGAGCCUCGGGAUGAGUCCAGGAACUACCCCUUCUUCCAGUGUAGAAAGCAUCCUGGGGAAGAAGGAACUGAGUCCCUGGGAGAGUUCAGGAACUACCCCUUCUUCCAAUAUGACACUUCAAGUUGGCCCGGGCCUGACUCUCCAGAUUGUCCAAGGCUUCAUUGAACUGCAAACAACAGAGGUAAUUGUCAAUUCUGUAUUCAAGUAUGAUCUUAAAAAUGGACGUGUGUCACAGUCAAUUCUUAGACAAGCAGGACCUGAAAUGGAAUGGGAACUUGACACGGCUAAACUGUCUUCAGAUUACCAGACGGUACUGGUCACAAAAGGACUUAAAUUGUUGUGUCAGUAUGUGUUCCAUGUGGUAUGGCAACACGAUAACAAAGACCAAAUAUUGAAAGAUGCAAUGAAGAGUUGUCUGAAAAUAUGCCUUCAACUGUACAUAAAUUCCAUUUCGUUUCCUGCCCUCGGGACAGGAGGGAUUGGUAUAAAGGGCAGUUCAGCAGCUAGGGUAAUGUUAGAUGAAAUUUUAACAUUUGCUAAAGAGUACCCGAAGAAAUCACUGACUGUAAGGAUUGUGAUAUUUCCAGCAGAUAAGGAGACAUACAAGGCUUUUUGUGAUGAAAUGAUGAAGAGGUCCAGUGAGCUGAGUCUCAGCAGUAGCAGUGUCGCUUCAGUCCCACAGCGGAUCAGAGGGGAGCAGAGACAUGGACUUGAAGCUGGAUCCCCUGCCAUCAGUCUGAUGGGUGUAAAAGUGGAAGAGAUGUGUGAGGCCAAAGAAUGGAUUGAAAGGUUGCUGACUUCCAAGGACUGCCACAUCAUUGAGAACAACCACAUUCUCUACCUUGGGAAAAAAGAGCAUGACAGGCUGUCUCAGCUCCAGACAACCUCAGGAGUCUCCAUCUCAGAGACUGUCAGUCCACAAAAGGCCACUCUGGAGAUUAGGGGUGCCCAGGCUGACCUAAUUGAAGCCGUCAUACAUAUUGAAGGCAUGCUGUGUGAAGUUCAGGAAGAAGUGGCAAGAAAAAAGGGGAAAAGUCUUCGGGGCUUGUUAGGACAGUGGACCAAUCAGCAAGAAAUACUGGAUGAAAUGGAGGAUUUUCACACAUAUCUUCGUUACCCAGUACCUUUAUCUCAGGAACUUGAGGACCGAAAGAGACAGUUUGAGAAGUGUGGCCUGUGGGUUGUGAAGGUGGCACAGAUACAAAAUAGUGUGCUCAAGAAUGCCUUCCAAGAGAAGAAGAAAAUGAUAGAAGGGAGAACACCGAGGGGAUCUGGGAGCCAAAGGUUGUUCCAGCAGGUCCCCUAUCAGUUUUGCAAUGUGGUAUGCAGAGUCGGCUUUCACAGACUGUACACAACACCUUGUGACCCAGUUUAUGGAACCGGCAUAUAUUUCACCAAAAGCCUUAAAAAACUAGCAGACAAAGUCAGGAAAACCUCUAGCACUGAUAAAUUAAUAUAUGUGUUUGAGGCAGAAGUGCUCACAGGCUCUUUUUGUCAGGGUAAUAAUUUAAGUAUAACCCCACCACCACUGAGUCCUGGGGCCUUAGAUGCUCAUGACAGCGUGGUUGACAAUGUUUCCAACCCUGAAACCAUUGUCGUUUUUAGUGGCACGCAGGCGAUGCCCCAGUAUUUGUGGAUUUGUACACAGGAUAGGACAUUGUCACAGCAUCAGAUGUGGGGACAGGAUGACUCAUCAGAACUAGAGAUGGUCUUCUCUCCGCACUCAUGGAGGGAGGUCUCAAAUGGCAGCCCUGUUUAAUCUCUACGUCAUUUUAACAGACAGCAGCCUUUGGGUGAAUUGAAACAAUGAUCAUCGGUGACUUGAAGAGUGGCUUGAAUAUAACAGAUUAUCUGUUCAGAAUGACUGGGUUACUCAAGGCAUCUACCACAUACUAGCAACUUACUGCCUUCUUCACCUCUGGGCUAGGGAUGGACAGAUGUCAACUAAAACUUGCUCUUGACUGUCUCUUCUCCUUGACAUCCUUCAUUUCCUUUCCUAUAGGUAACAGCAAGAAUAUUUUACAUAUAACAAAAGAUGUUUUUUCCUAGUAAGUAACUCAAGCCAAUUAAAAUGAUGAUAGUAUAAAAUAGGACAAUGGAAUGAUUUUAGAUUUUCUAUAUGAUUUUAUAAAGUACUUUGGAAAUUCAAAUAAAUCACCUUUGUCUGAGUAA